ACCUCGACUCUCAGAGGGGGCUGAGCUUCUGAGAGGACUCCUCUCAGAGUGGACCUGUCUGUCCAUCUGUCCGUCCAACAUGGAACCAAAGCAGAUCAGAGAGGGCUACCUCGUGAAGAGGGGGAGCGUGUUCAACACCUGGAAACCCAUGUGGAUUGUAUUGUUAGAAGAUGGAAUUGAAUUCUACAAGAAGAAAAGUGACAGCAGCCCCAAAGGAAUGAUCCCACUGAAAGGAAGCACUCUGACUAGCCCUUGUCAGGACUUCGGCAAAAGGAUGUUUGUGUUUAAGAUCACCACUACCAAACAGCAGGACCACUUCUUCCAGGCAGCCUUCCUGGAGGAGAGAGAUGCUUGGGUUCGGGACAUCAAGAAGGCCAUUAAAUGCAUCGAAGGAGGCCAGAAGUUUGCAAGGAAAUCCACCAGGAGGUCCAUUCGACUGCCAGAAACCGUUGACUUAGGCGCCUUGUAUUUGUCCAUGAAAGACAUCGACAAGGGAAUAAAAGAACUGAAUCUAGAGAAGGACAAGAAGGUUUUUAAUCACUGCUUCACAGGAAACUGUGUCAUCGAUUGGCUGGUAUCCAACCAGUCUGUUCGGAAUCGCCAGGAAGGCCUCGUGAUUGCCUCCUCACUGCUCAACGAGGGCUACCUGCAGCCUGCUGGAGACCUGUCCAAGAGUGCAGUGGAUGGAACUGCUGAAAACCCUUUUCUGGACAACCCCGACGCCUUCUAUUACUUUCCAGACAGUGGGUUCUUCUGUGAAGAGAAUUCCAGUGAUGAUGACAUAAUUCUGAAAGAAGAGUUCAGAGGGGUCAUUAUCAAGCAGGGAUGUUUGCUGAAGCAGGGGCAUAGGAGGAAAAACUGGAAAGUGAGGAAGUUCAUUCUGAGAGAAGACCCUGCCUACCUGCACUACUAUGACCCUGCUGGGGGGGAAGAUCCCCUGGGAGCCAUUCGCUUGAGAGGCUGUGUGGUGACUUCGGUGGAGAGCAACCCAGAUGGCAGGAAGAGUGAGGAAGAGAACCUUUUUGAGAUCAUCACGGCUGAUGAAGUGCAUUAUUUCUUGCAAGCGGCCAGCCCCAAGGAGCGCACAGAGUGGAUCAAAGCCAUCCAGGUGGCCUCUCGGACUGGCAAGUGAGGACACACCUGCAGCUCCUCAUCCCCUCCUGAGGGAAGCCCACGGAUAAGCUCUGUCCUGUCCACUUCUGUCACAAAUCAACAGGAAAGGGCCAGGGGUGGGAAGUUUCCAUCUCGGGGGGGGUUCUGAGUGUCACUAAGCACAUGCCUCGUGAGACUCACCUGCACCAUAUCCUCACCGCAGCCUCUCUGCCCCUCUCCACGUCUCCCAAGCAGAUGUAACAAGCUGUGUGGGCUGGGUGUGCUGCUUAACCUCUCUAGGCCUCAGAGCUUCUUCUGGAAAAGGAAGGAGUUGAACUGAAGUCUUUCCUAGCUUGAAAAAAUGCCCUGUGAUUCUAAUACCCAUGGAUGUGAGUGUCUCUUGUUGCCCUGCUGGUGUUCUUCCUUGGCUAAGUCUUGACCUUCCGCUGUCAUCAAAUGUGCCAGAACCUCAGAUGACUCUUCCCUUUGAAACUCGCCAAUCUGUAUUGUGAGCACUAGGCAUAAACCUCUUGUUCUCUCACUAGCCAUCUUUUGCUUGUUCAUGGCCAUGCAAUCAUGUAACAAAGUAAAGACCUCUCUUCCUUCCUCACCGCCCCCAGAAACUUCCUGAGAGCAGCAGUGGCUUUCAGUGUCAAGCUCUCUGUCCCUUUCUACAGCCUGGAAAGCUAUGACUUCUGAGAAAAAGACCCAAGAAAGCCAGGAGCAGCUGAGGGUCCUUCCCAUGCCCUGCAGCCACCUAUAGCAGGCAUGUUCUACUCCCCACUGAGGCUGAUCUGCGAAAGGUCUCCCUUUAUUUCUUUCUGGAGCAUUUCUCUACCAUUUAUUAUAAUUAGUAGGGGGACCCCCAAGCGUGUGAGGUUCUGUUUCAUUUGAGGUUUACAGAAAAGCAGUGGCCAGAUGAGACCCUCCAUGGGUGAGGGGCUGGGCAGCCGCCCAGCUACUGUGUAUCCCCAGCUACCAAGGGUGGAGGGGCUGGACUGCAGGCUGGCUGAUUGAUGAUGGGUGUAUAUAAAGACAGCACUGACAGGACUCAGAUCUACACAGAGCUUCUGGUGGUGGCCACUGACAUUGUGCAGUGCCUGCAGUUCUUCAGUUAAUGACAUUGUGAGUGUGCCUGAGCUCUAAGCACAAGCAGCAGCAGCUCCUGCGUGGGCUCUGGGGGGUGUCAUGGCCCUAUUAGAAACCAGAUUCAAAUUGGUGACUUGCUUUCGAUUUUUGGCCCUGACCACUAACUAGUGAUUCUUCUCCAAAAUUGAGAAAGACGGCACCCAUAGAAUCAGAUAUGUGUACAAUGGGGUAUUUCUCAACUCCAAAUUUUUAAUUUUCAGGCCCCAGUAAGGAAAGGAGAGUAGAAAAUUCUUCCUGAUUCUAUCAACUCCUCUCUUGCCCUCUCUCAACACCCCUGCAACAGUCAUCAGGCUGUUCCCACUCCCAGAGUGUUUUAUCAAUGGCCUGGAUGUAAAAAACCUUUUUCUCUGAUUAUUUAGUUGAUUAUCUUUAUAGAGUAUGCACAAUAGUUUUUCUGCACUCAGUGUUCAAAAUAUUUAUUGAUAUAGAGUCAAUCUUAUGUUUUGAAAUAAAUAUGACUGUGUUUAGUGUCUUUUGGUGUGAUAACUCUGUUUUGCCUCUCAUUAAUGACACUCCUUUUCUACAACUCACUUUCAUUUACUGAGGAUAACACCAUCUCUGUCUCUCAAGUUAUCUGAAUGACUAUGAUUUUUUAAAAAACAAAGUUAGUCUAUCCUAAGGAAUACUAAAAAUAUAGGGAAAAUAAAGAUAAGGCUUAAAAAAAGGAA